CACCUACCGCCAUGAGCCUCCUCAACAAGCCCAAGAGUGAGAUGACCCCGGAGGAGCUGCAGAAGCGAGAGGAGGAGGAGUUUAAUACAGGUCCCCUCUCUGUGCUCACGCAGUCGGUCAAGAACAGCACUCAAGUGCUCAUCAACUGCCGCAACAACAAGAAGCUCCUGGGCCGCGUGAAGGCCUUUGACAGGCACUGCAACAUGGUGCUGGAGAACGUGAAGGAGAUGUGGACCGAGGUUCCCAAGAGCGGCAAGGGCAAGAAGAAGUCCAAGCCGGUCAACAAGGACCGCUACAUCUCCAAGAUGUUCCUGCGCGGGGACUCGGUCAUCGUGGUCCUGCGGAACCCACUCAUCGCUGGCAAGUAGGGGCCGCCCCUCACCGCCAGAGCCGCCCACUCCUGUCCUGCCAAGAC